AUGAGAAUUGGCUAUCCUUGUAUGUGUAAAACCCUCCAAUUGACCACUUCCAACACUACUCGCCUCAAAUCCCUCACUCCCGAAAAAGUCAAAACAAAAUUACAACAAAACCUGAAUCAUUUAAAGCAAAUAUUGAAAUUCAAUGCCGAGCAACGAUUAUUAUUCUUCCGAAUGGGGAGUGAAUUUGUUCCAUUUGCUUCACAUGCUCAGGUCCGAGAUCCCACCUUUCAACAAUCCUUCCAUUGGAAAGAACACUUUAAAAACGAAUUGGCUGAAAUUGGUCAAUUAGUUAAAACCUAUGGCAUCCGAUUGAGUAUGCACCCUGAUCAAUUUGUCUUGCUCAAUUCUCCUGAUUUGGAAAUCUUUGAAAAAUCCGUACAAGAAUUGCAAUACCAUGCAGAUUUAAUGGAUGCCAUGCAACUCGACUCGACCCAUAAAUUUCAAAUUCAUCUCGGAGGUCGUUACGAUGAUAAGAAGAAGAGUAUGCAACGUUUCGUGGAUCGGUACCUUACAUUAAGCGAGUCCAUUAAGGCGCGUUUAGUGUUAGAGAAUGAUGAUCGUUUGUUCAGUUUGGAAGAUGUUUUAUGGGUUCAUGAACAAUGCGGAAUACCCAUUCUCUUUGAUACGUUGCAUCAUGAAUGUUUGAAUACGAAUGGAGAGAGUUUGGAAGAGGCUUUCCUAAAAGCAGCUGAAACUUGGGAUCCCGAACGAGAUGGUCCUCCCAUGAUUGAUUAUUCGGAUCAGGAACCGAAGGCACGAGUGGGUAAACAUCGAUCGUCCAUUCAGGUGAAACAUUUUAAAAAGAUGAUUUGUGAUCGUUUGAUGAAAUGUAAAUGGAAGAAGAAUCAUGAGGAGAGUUUUAUUGAUUUUGAUGUCAUGUUGGAAAUUAAGGAUAAGGAUUUGAGUGCAAAGAAGGUACUUGAGGUAUUUGAGAAGGGUGUUGCAGAAAGGGAAAAUAGUAGUGGUGAGCCAAUUGAAGAAGGUGAUGAGAAUGACGGGGAGAACAAAGAAGAUAUGGAACAACAAGACAUAACACCAAGAAAGGAAAAACAAUCUAAACAGUCGCAAAAGAAGAGAAAAGAAUCAACCUCAACAAGAGUUUCCAAGAGAAGAAAAUGA